GUUGACGUCACACGUCACCGGCCUGUACAAAAGGGCGACGCCAUAUUAGAUGUUUGAUUCUGGCUAGCUGUCAGUUUAGUGAAAAAAAAAUUGUCAUUUUACCAAAAAACUAUAAAACGUUUUGAUAAGUGAACUGGAAACUGUUUAAAUUUUAUUUUGUGUUUUGUUGCAACAUAAAGGCAACAUGACGCAGCCACUGUUACCUAUCAAGUUUCAAGAACAUUUGCAGCUUACCAAUGUUGGCAUUAAUGCAGCCAACAUCACGUUUGCUACUCUCACCAUGGAGAGUGACAAAUAUAUUUGCGUUAGAGAAAAAGUUGGUGAAACAUCUCAAGUUGUAAUAAUCGAUAUGGCAGAUACUGGAAAUCCAAUAAGAAGACCGAUCACUGCUGAAAGCGCCAUUAUGAAUCCAGCAUCUAAAGUUAUCGCCCUUAAAGGAAAAGCUGGUGUAGAAACCCAAAAGACACUUCAAAUUUUCAACAUAGAAAUGAAAUCUAAAAUGAAAGCACAUACCAUGAAUGAGGAUGUAAUUUUUUGGAAAUGGAUCAGUCCUAAUACCCUAGCUUUAGUUACAGAAACAUCGGUUUAUCAUUGGUCCAUGGAAGGGGAUUCUGUUCCAACAAAAAUGUUUGAUAGGCAUUCAUCUCUCAAUGGCUGUCAGAUUAUUAAUUAUCGUACAGAUCCAAAACAAAAUUGGUUACUGCUUGUAGGCAUCAGUGCUCAACAAUCUAGAGUUGUUGGUGCGAUGCAAUUGUACUCAGUCGAACGAAAAUGCUCUCAACCAAUAGAAGGUCACGCCGCAUCUUUUGCCUCAUUCAAAAUGGAUGGGAAUCCAGAACCGUCAACUCUUUUCUGUUUUGCCGUGAGAACUCUACAAGGAGGAAAACUGCAUGUUAUAGAAGUAGGUCAGAGUCCUGCAGGUAACCAACCAUUUCCCAAAAAGACAGUCGAUGUUUUCUUUCCACCAGAAGCACAAAAUGAUUUUCCUGUAGCUAUGCAAGUGUCUUCAAAAUAUGACGUGAUCUAUCUGAUAACCAAGUAUGGUUACAUUCACAUGUACGACAUUGAAAGCGGUACUUGCAUCUACAUGAACAGAAUAUCAAGUGAAACUAUUUUUGUUACUGCCCCACAUGAAAGUACCGGUGGAAUUAUUGGAGUUAAUAGAAGAGGUCAAGUACUAUCAGUUUCCGUAGACGAAGAAAACAUUAUUAGAUACAUUAAUACGAUUUUACAUAAUGCAGAUCUAGCACUACGUUUAGCUACCAGAAAUAAUCUAGCUGGGGCGGAAGAAUUGUUUGUUAGCAAAUUCCAAUUGUUAUUUCAGAACGGACAGUACGCCGAAGCUGCAAAAGUUGCUGCAAAUGCUCCAAAAGGAAUUUUAAGAACACCUGCUACCAUUCAAAUGUUCCAACAAGUUCCAACUCAACCCGGACAAAACAGUCCGCUUUUGCAGUAUUUUGGUAUACUACUAGAUCAAGGACAAUUGAACAGAUACGAAUCUUUGGAACUAUGUAAACCUGUUCUUCUACAAGGACGUAAACAAUUAUUAGAAAAAUGGUUGAAAGAAGAAAAAUUGGAAUGCUCUGAAGAAUUAGGGGACCUAGUUAAACAAGCGGAUCCAACUUUAGCUUUAUCUGUUUAUCUUAGAGCUAACGUACCCGCUAAAGUUAUCCAAAGUUUUGCCGAAACCGGUCAGUUCCAGAAGAUUGUCUUGUAUGCCAAGAAAGUGUCUUAUACGCCCGAUUACAUAUUCCUACUAAGACAAGUAAUGAGAACCAAUCCAGAUCAAGGUGCGGCCUUUGCUGGCAUGUUAGUAGCUGAUGAGGAACCUCUAGCCGAUAUUAAUCAAAUUGUUGAUAUUUUCAUGGAACAAAAUAUGGUUCAACAAUGUACCGCUUUCUUAUUGGAUGCCUUGAAGAAUAACAGACCCACCGAAGGACAUUUGCAAACAAGACUUCUGGAAAUGAAUUUAAUGUCUGCACCCCAAGUAGCAGACGCUAUCUUGGGUAACAACAUGUUCACUCAUUACGACCGUCCACAUGUAGCGCAGCUCUGCGAGAAAGCUGGUCUUCUGCAAAGAGCUCUUGAACAUUAUACCGAUUUGUACGACAUCAAAAGAGCAGUAGUUCACACGCAUUUACUACCGGCUGAUUGGCUAGUUAAUUUCUUUGGUACUCUAAGUGUUGAAGACAGUUUGGAAUGUUUGAGGGCUAUGCUUACAGCAAAUAUAAGACAGAAUUUACAAAUUUGCGUUCAGAUAGCGACCAAAUAUCAUGAACAGUUAACCACCAAGGCUCUAAUUGAUUUGUUUGAAGGGUUCAAAAGUUACGAAGGUUUAUUCUACUUCCUUGGUUCUAUUGUAAACUUCUCGCAAGAUCAAGAAGUUCAUUUUAAAUACAUCCAGGCUGCUUGUAAGACUGGACAAAUAAAAGAAGUCGAACGUAUUUGCAGAGAAUCAAAUUGUUAUAGCCCCGAACGUGUUAAGAACUUCCUUAAAGAAGCCAAAUUGACAGAUCAAUUACCAUUGAUAAUAGUAUGCGAUAGAUUCGAUUUUGUACACGACUUGGUACUGUAUUUGUACAGAAAUUCAUUGCAAAAGUAUAUCGAGAUUUAUGUACAGAAAGUCAAUCCCAGCCGUUUACCUGUUGUCGUGGGAGGUCUUUUAGACGUCGAUUGUUCAGAAGAUAUAAUAAAAAAUUUAAUUUUAGUAGUGAGGGGACAAUUUUCGACUGAUGAAUUGGUCGAGGAAGUGGAAAAAAGAAACAGAUUGAAAUUAUUAUUGCCUUGGUUAGAAAGUAGAGUUCACGAAGGGUGUGUUGAGCCCGCGACACACAAUGCUUUAGCUAAGAUUUAUAUCGAUUCCAAUAACAAUGCCGAGAGGUUUUUAAAGGAAAAUCAAUGGUACGAUUCUCGCGUUGUCGGUCGUUAUUGCGAAAAACGUGAUCCUCAUUUAGCUUGUGUAGCAUAUGAACGCGGUCAGUGCGAUAGGGAAUUGAUAGCGGUUUGUAACGAAAACUCCUUAUUCAAAUCGGAAGCUAGAUAUUUGGUCCGCAGACGUGACGGAGAAUUAUGGGCCGAAGUACUCCAAGAAAGCAACCCUUACAGACGACAAUUGAUUGAUCAAGUAGUUCAAACCGCUUUAAGUGAAACUCAAGAUCCGGAAGAUAUUUCUGUAACAGUAAAGGCUUUCAUGACGGCCGAUUUGCCGAACGAACUUAUAGAAUUAUUAGAAAAGAUUGUUCUAGAUAGUUCUGUAUUUUCCGAACACAGAAACCUACAAAACUUGCUUAUACUCACAGCUAUCAAGGCUGAUGCUACAAGGGUCAUGGAUUAUAUAAACCGCUUGGACAACUACGACGCCCCCGAUAUAGCUAACAUAGCUAUAAAUAAUCAUCUUUACGAAGAAGCUUUCGCUAUAUUCAAAAAAUUCGAUGUCAACACCUCCGCUAUCCAAGUCCUAAUAGAACAGGUUAACAAUUUAGAUCGCGCCUACGAAUUUGCUGAACGUUGUAAUGAACCCGCCGUUUGGAGUCAACUUGCGAAAGCACAACUCAACCAAGGUCUAGUCAAAGAAGCUAUAGAUUCUUACAUUAAAGCCGACGAUCCAUCCGCUUACAUCGACGUCGUGGAAACUGCUUCCAAGAAUAAUAGCUGGGAAGAUCUAGUACGCUAUCUUCAGAUGGCUAGAAAGAAGGCGAGAGAAAGUUACAUUGAAUCCGAGUUGAUUUACUCGUAUGCAAAAACUGGUAGAUUAGCUGAUCUGGAAGAGUUCAUCAGCGGUCCUAACCAUGCCGAUAUACAAAAGAUUGGUGAUAGAUGUUUUGAUGAUAAGAUGUACGAUGCUGCUAAACUUCUCUAUAACAACGUAUCGAAUUUUGCUCGUCUUGCUAUUACUUUAGUACACCUCAAAGAAUUUCAAGGCGCUGUCGAUAGUGCUAGGAAGGCUAACAGUACUAGAACAUGGAAAGAAGUAUGUUUUGCGUGCGUAGAUGCCGAGGAAUUCCGAUUGGCGCAGAUGUGCGGUAUGCACAUCGUCGUUCAUGCCGAUGAACUACAAGAUUUGAUCAACUAUUACCAAGAUAGAGGUUAUUUCGACGAACUUAUCGGUCUAUUGGAGGCUGCUCUGGGUCUUGAAAGAGCCCAUAUGGGCAUGUUUACAGAAUUAGCGAUUCUUUAUUCCAAAUACAAACCUAUCAAGAUGCGUGAACAUUUAGAAUUGUUCUGGUCUCGAGUGAACAUACCCAAAGUUCUCAGAGCUGCAGAACAGGCACAUUUGUGGGCAGAACUGGUAUUUUUGUACGAUAAAUACGAAGAAUAUGACAAUGCGGUUCUAGCUAUGAUGGCUCAUCCUACUGAAGCUUGGCGCGAAGGACAUUUUAAAGACAUCAUCACCAAAGUGGCCAACAUUGAACUGUAUUACAAAGCGAUUCAGUUCUACCUCGACUAUAAACCGCUGUUAUUAAAUGAUCUUUUAUUAGUUUUGGCACCAAGAAUGGAUCACACUAGAGCUGUUUCAUUCUUUUCCAAAACGGGACAUUUACAACUAGUCAAGUCCUAUUUGAGAUCAGUACAAAAUUUGAAUAACAAAGCGAUCAAUGAGGCACUCAACUUACUACUUAUAGAAGAAGAAGACUUCCAGGGUCUACGAACAUCUAUCGAUGCAUUCGAUAAUUUCGACAACAUAGGACUGGCGCAGAGGUUAGAAAAACACGAACUUACCGAGUUCAGAAGAAUCGCCGCUUAUUUAUACAAAGGAAACAACAGGUGGAAACAGAGCGUCGAACUUUGCAAAAAAGAUAGGCUAUUCAGAGACGCUAUGGAAUACACUUCGGAAUCUAGAAAUCAAGAACUGGCUGAAGAAUUGUUAGCUUGGUUCUUGGAUCGAAAGGCGUACGAUUGUUUCUCGGCUUGUUUAUACCAUUGUUACGAUUUACUUCGACCAGAUGUGAUACUGGAAUUAGCGUGGAAACAUAAUAUUAUGGAUUUCGCUAUGCCGUUCCUUAUACAAGUAACUAGAGAAUUAACAACAAAAGUAGAAAAAUUAGAACAAUCUGACGCCCAAAGACAAAGCGAAGCUGCCGAAGAAACUAACAAACCCAUGAUGAUACCAGAACCACAACUUAUGUUAACGGCAGGACCUGGUAUGGGUAUGCCUCCUCAACAGUAUGUACCUCCACAAGCCUACCCACAGCCAGCUUAUGCCCCUCAAAUGCCUUACCAAGGCUACCCGGGAAUGUAAUAUAAGGCCCCCGUUACAGCUAGCUGUAUAAAAAAGUGGAAUUUUGAAUAGUUUUUCGAAUUAGAAAAUGUUUAACGCUGCUGGACGAUAGUGAAUAUGUAAUUAAAAGAAAAUUUUAGGCAUACAUAUUAUUUCAAAGAAGAAAACAAAUUUUAUCUUCAAGUAUAAUGGAAAAAAAAUAUGGAGAAGUUCCGUUUUUAAAACUAUUUAUGUUAUAAACCAAUUAAUAUAUUAUUAGUAUUUUUGUAUGUUUUUGUAUAACGUCCUUAAUAGUUUGUAUUUUUGUUUUAAUUGUGAUUAUAUGAAAGUUAGAACUUCUCGAUAUACGUUUCUCUGCAAUAGGAUUAAUAAAGCUUACAGAAAGUUUUGUUCUGUUUUCACGUGAAGAAAAAUGUCGAACAGAAGUAGAGAGUCACCAUCUUUUGUUGAAAGUCUUACUAUAAGAACCAACCUGCUGAUUGGUCCCUAUGAAUUGAUCUUAAACUUCAAAUAAAUUGAAUAUACCUUUUCUAGUGCACCUGUAUUAUAUAAUUACUAAUUUUUUUGGUGGUCAAUGUGAAAUGGUCGUAACUUGUAAGCUUGGACAUUUGAUCUACUAUCGAAAUUGUACACACAUAGGCACGUUAGUUAUUGAUUGUGGUUCAUUUGAACUACUCAAAAUUGAGGUUUAGUUGACCAUAUUCCUAUAGUAAAACUGUGGCUAAAUUUUGCCAAAACAGCCUUAAAUUUCAAUUUCUGAUCCACUCGUAUUAAAUAAUUAUUCAUUUUACUAACUCUCCACUAUCGGAAUUGUACGGACGCAUUAAGACCUGUUUUAUGUUAUGGUUCAUUUGAACUACUCCAAAUUGGAUACUUCUCGCUAUUGGGGAUCAGUUUAAAUAUUUAUCGAGUUCUUCAUACACUCAGCAUCAAGCAUCGAAACUGAUUUUAAUGUAAUAAAUAUGAAUUGGAAGAUGUGAACUGAUAAAAACGUUCUGUAAUUCAUUUAUGAGCCAAAUAAUAAAGAUACUGUUUUAAUAUGCUUGAAAACAAAAUUCUAGUUAAAAUACAAUCACUCUCAACUGUUGAAAAAUUGUUGUAAUGUUUUGGCUUAGAGCUUAUUUUGCAUUCACCUUUUGUUGCUUGUUUACCGUUUAAUAACAUAGACCAACAGACAUUUUGGUGCCCGCGAUUAUUGGGUGCAGAAUACGAAAUGGCCUGAUGGCCCAAAUCUAUUAUACAUACAUCAGGUUAUAAUUUUUCUAUUAUAUGAUUUUCAAAAUAGAAGCCAAUCAUUUGGAAUGUGCGAAUUGAGUCUGAUGAAUACCAAAAAAGCUCACAAAGGCACUAUUAGUGUAUUCAAUUUAACUAUAGAGGUUACUUACGCACCUAUAGAUGCCACAACACAUGUUUUAAUCAAAUUUAUAGCACAAUCUAUUUGAGAAAAAGAUUUAACUUAUAAUCUUGGACAUUUGACCUACUAUCGAAAUUGUUUCCUUGACUAGGCACAUUAGUUAUUGAUUGAGGUUUAUUUGAACUACUAGAGAGAAUUUAAGCAGUAUUAUAAGAAAAAUAUACUGAUCCGCCUCCUCCAGUAACUAAGUAGUUCUUUUAUUUUUAAUCCUUCAAUGAAUUUUAAGUCAUCGUAGGGUUUCGUUGAGGUAAAUCUUACUUUUUUUAUCCCCUACACUCCCUGAGUUUCUGUAGAGCCUUAACCUCAACAAGUAUGAUUUAGAUAUGAAUUUUUGAAAUUACUUCAAUUUUUUAUUAUGAAAUUAUUUCAAAUAUUUAAUUUUUAGCUACAACUGAUUGAAAAGUGGCUUUUUUCGAAAUCGAACCCAAAUCAGUUGUUUUCUGGUACCGAAUUUUGUUGGCCUGUGUAAUAAAUGUAAAUAUAUAUUUUUAUUGUAACUAGCACUUACCUGUAGCGUGUAUAUAAACAAAUUAAUAGUUUAUAUGAGAAUUAUUCAAUUUUUCUUAUUUUUAUUUUAUAAUUUUGUAGUCCAUUUAUCAUUCCUUAUUUAAAUAUAGAUAUAUAUGUAUAUGAAGCUACUAUUUAUGAAAUGGAAGUGAUUCUUUCAACUAAAUUUAUUGUUUUCCUAUUCAUUAUUCGUAUUUAAUUAUGUUAAGAUUUUGCGAAUAUAUUAGUAAAUAUGUGUAAAGAUC